GCUUUUCCUCAACCUGUUUCUGCACGUGUCCUUUGCGUAUGCGUUGUGGAUAAACGCAGUGAAGUAAGGAGGAAAUAAAAACGGCUGCCGAGGCGAUUCUGCCCCGGUAUACCCUGGAGCGAAAAACAGCACUCCCUCUUGAUCACCAUGUGCUGGAGGAUCCUGGUCCUGUCGGCGACCUGCUGCGCGCUCUUGGGCGUCCGAGCGCAGGUCAACGUGAGAGAUCCCGAGCUGGGAGAAUUUCAGGACGACGGCAAAUGUUUCCCAUUGAAGCAGCCGUGGUUCAUGGUGUACCGUAACUACGAAGCGGAUCCUUUCUUCGGCGUGGAUGCGAAGUGCGUUCGAGUCAGCGCUACGGACGUCCCGUACGUCGACAACGCUACGCACGUCAAGGUCGAGUUCGGCGACCACGACAGCCUAGACCUGAGCGUUCGGCUGGUUCCCACUGCUGGUUAUCGACACCAAAAUGCCCUCCGGGUAUCGCCGACUGGAGGAGCCCAGGUGGAGCUUGACCUGCCGAUUGAUUACGUCGAGUGCAACUCCUGCAAGAUCCUCAGACAUCCAUACGCAGGAAAGGCCGCGUGCAGUUUGAUGGUCACAGGCGAGCACGUCGCAAAUCCUCCCAACGCCUGCCUCUUCAUCUACCGGCUGCUCUGCGGCGCCACGAAAAUUCCCAUCUACGACGAAAGCUGCAAGAAACACCACUGACCAAUCGAACCUCUCCCACACCCCCAUCGGCACUGCCGCAUGCAUACUAGAUGUUUCGUUUAGAAUUAAAACAAUAUCACCUA